AUGCUUUCAAUUUUUCUANCAUCAACAACAUCAAGCUCAACAUCAACUAGUUCGGCCUCAACAACCUCGAUAUCAACAAAUGCACCCGUUUGUAUGUCUAACAACACGUUCGUCACUGCACUUGCUUAUGCAACUGGGAGCAGUCCAAUCUCAGUGGCAGUCGUCGAUGUUAAUAAUGAUAACAAACCCGAUAUAGUCACCGCUAACUAUGAUGCAACUACUGUCAGUGUUCUUCUUAAUACAGGUACUGGGACAUUUUCUGCUCAAACUACUUAUGCAACUGGCACCAAUCCAAACUCAGUAGCAGUCGUCGAUGUCAAUAAUGACACCAAACCCGAUAUAGUCACCGCUAACUAUGGUGCAAAUACUGUCAGUGUUCUUCUUAAUACAGGUACUGGGACAUUUUCUGCUCANCCCUAA